UAGUGUAUAGUAUUGUAUUUGUAUUGAUCUGAGUCUGUAUUAUACAGUAUAUACAGUACUGUAUGUAUAUAUAGGGCGUUGACUGACAUAACACUAAACAUUAAAUCAAUUGAUUACAAGAUAUUGUGAUUAUUAAGACGUGUGAAGACUUGUCUUAACAAUAGUCACUAUGACUGACGCCAAGUACUUCGCAAACACCAAAAAGGGUGAGAUAUUUGAGUUAAAGAGUGAAUUAAAUUCAGAUAAGAAAGAGAAAAGAAGAGAAGCGGUGAAGAAAGUGAUUGCAUCGAUGACUGUCGGCAAAGAUGUCUCGGCUUUGUUUCCCGAUGUCGUCAAUUGCAUGCAAACGGAUAACUUAGAGCUCAAGAAGUUGGUGUAUCUAUAUUUAAUGAAUUACGCCAAGAGUCAGCCCGAUAUGGCCAUAAUGGCGGUCAAUACGUUUGUCCGCGAUUGUGAAGAUCCCAAUCCUUUGAUUCGGGCUUUGGCUGUCCGUACAAUGGGUUGUAUUCGUGUGGAUAAGAUUACUGAAUAUUUAUGUGAACCACUUCGCAAAUGUCUUAGAGAUGAAGACCCAUAUGUUCGUAAAACAGCUGCUGUAUGUGUGGCCAAACUUCAUGAUAUUAACGCCCAAUUGGUUGAAGAACAGGGUUUUCUUGAUCUAUUGCGCGAUCUAUUGUCGGACUCGAACCCAAUGGUUGUGGCCAAUGCUGUGGCAGCACUCUCCGAGAUUAAUGAAGCGUCCAGUACUGGACAACCAUUGGUUGAACUCAAUGCACAAACUAUUAAUAAAUUAUUAACGGCUUUGAAUGAAUGUACUGAAUGGGGACAAGUCUUCAUAUUGGACUCACUUUCUAAUUAUUAUCCUAAAGAUGAUCGCGAGGCGCAAAGUAUAUGCGAGAGAGUGACUCCUCGUUUGGCUCACGCAAAUGCCGCCGUUGUCUUGAGUGCCGUUAAAGCAUUGAUGAAAUUCAUGGAAAUGAUGCCUUCAGACUCUGAUUUUGUUGUCACACUAACCAAGAAGUUGGCCCCACCUUUAGUUACGCUGUUGUCCAGUGAACCUGAAGUACAAUACGUGGCUUUACGUAAUAUCAAUCUUAUAGUUCAGAAGAGACCUGAUAUAUUGAAACACGAGAUGAAAGUGUUUUUUGUCAAAUAUAAUGACCCGAUUUAUGUUAAGUUAGAGAAGUUGGAUAUUAUGAUUAGGUUGGCCUCACAGACCAACAUCGCUCAAGUCUUAGCUGAACUCAAAGAGUAUGCCACAGAAGUAGACGUUGACUUUGUUCGUAAGGCUGUCAGAGCUAUUGGUCGAUGCGCUAUAAAAGUAGAGCAAUCGGCAGAACGAUGUGUGGCCACUCUAUUAGAUCUGAUACAAACAAAAGUUAAUUAUGUGGUUCAGGAGGCAAUUGUUGUUAUUAAAGACAUUUUCCGCAAAUAUCCCAACAAAUAUGAAAGCAUUAUAUCAACAUUAUGUGAAAAUUUGGACACUUUGGAUGAACCUGAAGCCAGAGCUUCAAUGAUUUGGAUUAUUGGAGAAUAUGCUGAACGUAUCGAUAACGCCGACGAAUUGCUCGAAAGUUUUUUGGAAGGAUUUCAUGAUGAGAACAGUCAGGUUCAGCUCCAACUGCUCACAGCUAUAGUAAAGUUAUUUCUUAAGCGUCCGACUGAAACUCAAGAAUUGGUCCAACAAGUGUUAAGUUUGGCCACACAAGACAGCGACAAUCCAGAUCUUCGUGACAGAGGUUUUAUUUAUUGGCGACUUUUAUCUACAGAUCCGGCGGCAGCUAAAGAAGUUGUUUUAGCUGAAAAACCAUUGAUUUCAGAAGAAACCGAUUUAUUAGAGCCAACACUAUUAGAUGAACUUAUUUGUCAUAUCGGAAGUCUUGCAUCUGUUUAUCACAAACCUCCCUCAGCUUUUGUUGAAGGAAGAAUUGGUCAGUUGAGACGUUCAUUACCAGCUAAAAGUGAAUCUACUAACGAUACCAAUCAUACGGAAACAAUUCAAUCCACAGUCAUUCCUGCUGCAGAUAGUCUUAUAGGAGAUUUGCUAAGUCUUGACAUUAGUGCACCUCCUCCUCCUCCAACAACAUAUCCAUCAACAAUGUUAACCUCAAACAUUGACAUUUUGGGUAGUGGUCUUGAUAGCUUACUUGGAGGACCUGAUCUAACCACUAGUGCUUCUCCAUCUCUAAGUAAUACAAGUUCUACACAAUUAACAUCGACAGGUCUUCUUGGAGAUAUAUUUGGAAUUCCCAAUUCUGGAGUAUUUUAUACACCACCCAAACAGGUUUGGUUACCAGCUGUUCGUGGAAAAGGUCUGGAAGUAUUGGGUACAUUCACCAGACGUAACGGUCAAAUAUAUAUGGAGAUGACAUUUACAAACAAAGCCAUGCAAGCAAUGGGAGGUUUUGCCAUUCAAUUUAAUAAGAAUAGCUUUGGCUUAAUGCCAGCACAACAUCUUCAGAUCACUACACCUUUACAUCCAAACAUCUCUUCCGAUGUCAGCCUUCAGUUGAAUACAAUGGGUGGUGUCCAGAAAAUGGAACCGUUAACAAAUCUUCAAGUUGCCGUUAAAAAUAAUGUGGAUGUGUUUUACUUUAGCUGUAUUGUGCCGACACAUGUAUUUUGUACAGAUGAUGGUGCAAUGGAUAAAAGAGUGUUUUUGGCCACUUGGAAGGACAUACCAUCACAGAAUGAGGUGCAAUAUGUGAUCGAAAAUGUUAUGCUUAACGUGGAUCAGGUCUCACAAAAGCUUCAAUCCAAUAACAUAUUUACAAUUGCGAAACGCAAUGUUGAGGGUCAGGAUAUGCUCUAUCAGUCACUCAAAUUAACUAAUAAUAUAUGGCUUUUAGCUGAACUUAAGGUCCAACCGGGAAAUCCAAAGUUUACUUUAUCUCUUAAAUCCCGUGCUAUGGAUGUGGCACCGGCUAUAUUCCAAGUCUAUCAAAUGAUUCUUCAAAAUUAAAACAAUAAACAAUUCAUUAUAUUUAUGUAGAUUUUAAUUACCGGUAAUACAUUCCAUGUUAUCAAUGCUGACAAUUCUGUUAUUCAAUAAUGUUAUUAAUGUAUAAUUUUUUCAAUUAUAUUUAUACUUAAAAUGAUAUUUAAGUUAAUUAAAUGUUUUAAUCUCUAUAAUUAAAGUCUGAUCUAUUAAUGAUUUAAAGUUUUAAUAUUAAAAUUAUAACAAC